AUGUCCAUAGUGCAAAUUUCCGAUCACAAUGAAAGUAUUUACACUAUUUGCGAACGUAUUGACGAGGCUCCGGAAAUUCUUGUUGAGAAAAAGUACAAAUCUCGACACACCGCUUUUGUCAGAAACGAAAAAAAACAAUUAAAAACGUUUAAAGAACGCGCAACUAUGGUUCCGGCUCAAAUAAAACGACCGCAACCCCAAGAUUUCUUAAAAAAACGAAACGGGCGACAAUCUGUACCUUUAGAAAACCUACAAGAUUUAAAAAAUAAAAGCAGGUUUUCAUGUAGUUUGAGUGCGAAAAGACCGGAUGUGCCGUUAAAAGAUGUUGUAUUAUGUGAGCAGGAAGAAAAAUUAAGACAUAAAGGUAAAAAUUUUAUUUUAAAGAAUAUCGAAGAUGUAACGAAGAUGAAAAGUUCCAAACCUGUAAAGAGGAUUGUGGUCAGUGUUGAUGGGAGAAGAGUUGAAAUGGGAGAUGGAUUAUUACCUAAAUAUAUUUUUAGCAAAAAAUAUGGACAAGUUCCAAAAUAUGUUAAGGAAUUUCAUAAGGAAAAAGAUAAAAGUCGUCAAAUUGAAACUCAUUUUGCAGAGGAGAGUGUAAAAUGUAUUGAUCGUGAUAAAGUUUUAGCUGUAAGUAUUUUUUGA